UCCAAAAAGAGUUCUUCAAAGGGUUCUCCUAUGGGGACAGCCGAAGAACCUUUUUAGGUUCUAGAUGGCACCUUUUUUUCGAAUAGUGUAGUCCAUAGCGUUCUAAAGUUCGAGCUAAAAGUCUGAUGGCACCAGUUGCCAUAUCGCCUAUAACUCAAUCGCCAAUUUCUCAGCCUCUGAAUAUCACAGAAACACAAGACUUUGAAUGAAUAACAGAAACAUGUUAAUGACAAGACCCUAUGGCUGAAAUUGAUCAAAACAUGUAAAAGCAUGCAAAAAUGUAUAUUUUAAACAUAAGAUUUGACUAUAAAUGUGUUAACAUUUUAUUUUUAUUGUGUUGUGUUACAAAGGGUUAAUGAAAGAAAGUAUUACUGUUUGACACUGCCCCUGUUUGGGUACAGUACAUGGACUUCUUGAGGAAAUUGAAAUCAAAGGUUACUGCAGUGCAAAGACGCCCUCAGUUUCCUCAGCUAGUCAGCAGUUCAAGGAAACGCGCACUUUUGUUCCGGGUUGUAAUUCGAGCAUUCUUCUGUAGGCUACCUAUUCGGUUUCAGUAUGGACUUUUUCGCAAGAUCUUAAAGGGUCAAUAAUAGUUCAAUCAAUCAUGAUACUGAGGACUGUAAGUGGCGUUCUUACAGUAAGGAUUUUUCUAGCAAUCAUGGUGCAGCCUGUUGAGAACAUGGUGCACUUCAUGGUCCCCUUGUGCCCACAGGUGUACACUCUGCCAUACACACCAGACUCUGACGGAUCCUGCCGUAACAAAACAGCUGAAUACUAUAACACAGAUGUAAACCUGUGCUGCAGCAAGUGUACUUCUGGGACACGCCGGAAAGUUGUAUGCAGCUCUACCUCAGACACGGCGUGUGAACCAUGUCCUAGUGGCCAGUACAGCGGGACCUUUAAUUACUUCUCAAAAUGCUUCAGAUGUCCCAAGUGUUCAACAGAGAAAGGCCUGAAGUAUGUCCAGAAGUGCUCCAGCACCACCAAGACUCAGUGUGCGUGCCGGACUGGGAUGUACUGCGUACUGGGCCAACACCCGGACUGUAAGGAGUGUGCCAGAUAUACAUACUGCCAGCCUGGUCAUGGGGUCUCUGUAGAAGGUACCACAGCUGGACAGGAGGCUGGGACAGCAGAGUCAGAUGUGGAAUGUGCAUCAUGCCCCAAUGGAACCUUCUCUGACCAGCUCUCUUACACCCAGAUCUGCCAGCACCACACAGAUUGUGUGUCUCAGGGGAGGGACGUACUGACUUACGGUACAGCCACCACCGAUGCGGUGUGUGAUCCGAAGGUAAAUGGACGACUGGUCUCCAUCCUCCAAACCACCACACCUCCAAGCCCACCGACCACAAUGCCACCCUCUGGUAAAGGGCAUACCACAUCAAGUCUACAGAGCAUGGAUAUGUCUACAGUACCAACCACCCGAGGCUCAAAGCUGACAUCUAGUCCCUCUGAUCCACUGGUCAUCGCUCCAACAGAAGAAAAAUCACCAGGCGUUGACCUUUGGAUAGUUGCAGGUGCUAUCGGAGGUGUUAUGUUCCUGCUGCUGAUCAUAGGCACUAUCAUUUACAAGAAAGCCGUCACUAAGUUCAUACGUGUAUCUUCUACAGAAGAUAUAAAUGGAAAUUCUGAGAAGGAGGUCAUUAAAUGUCUGCUGGGGAAAGGAGACUGCAGUAAUGUCGGUCAGGCAGAGACCCAGCAGGAUGCUAUGAAGACCUGGUCAGGCUCAGGGUGCUCCACCAGCCUGGAGGGCCUGUCAAUAAGCCCCAUCCAGUCCAUCCUUCCACAGCCCAACAUCCUGGCCAGCAACCCCCAGCCCAGCCCCCAAUCCACCAGCCCUCUGGCAUCUGUCCCCCUAGUUAAUGUCAACAUCACUGUUACCUACCCUGUGGACAUAGGAAAUGAGUUAUGCUCCAGACCUACCAGCACCCAGAUAGACUCACCACAAGCUGACCCCGUGGCCCCUUUAUCAAGGGAGGAGGAGGUGUAUGUGAACAUGCCACAGCGAGAGGGUUGCAAAGAGGCACUUACGGCAGUACAGGAGUUUGGAAAUGAUGUAUGAGGACUGGAGGCAUAUAGGGGAGGAUCAGACAAUAGAUUGUGUUUUAGGGAUGUUUUUUUCACUAUGACUGUUGUCUCUGUUGUUAUAUGGUUGCUACUUGACGUACUGGUGGUGACUUUGUGUUGGUAGAGAGAGACAGAAUGACUGUUCAUGCGCCUCAGGUAGGAUUUCCCAAACUUUUUACAUUUGCAUAAGUUAUACCCAGGGAGGGUCCCAGGACCGAGUUUGGGAAACCCUGAUAUAAUGUGCUGUCUGUGCUGGAAAGUCUUGAACACCUGAUUUAGAUUGUCAGCGACUGUUUGAAGAAUUAUUGAUGAGUGAAUGAUGUAUGCAAUUACUGUGAAUGUUGUUGUAAGUAUACUGUAAAUGUCACACGGCUCAAGGUAUCCCAAAACCUUUAAUCAAAAGUAGGCAACAACCUUUCGUAUACAUGCCAUACUUUUUGGGGAAUUCAUCAUGGCCUGUGCCACAUGAGAAGAUUUCAUUUGUAUUCUUAUGAGAGGAGAGCAUGCCUAUACUUUUCAGAGUAAGGUUUUUUUUGUCUCUAUUUUAAUCAAACUGAAAUGGUAGACUAAAUGAAACUGCUUUGUUUAUGUUUUUUUUUGGCCUACACCUGUUGAAUCGUGUGCUUUCGCUCUGUAAAUAAGCAGCAACUGACUGGUAACAGAUCAUAUGAGUAAUACAUUCAAAACAUCAGCGCAGUAAGAAGUUAAGAAUGAUGGAUGAGAAAUUUUUGUACAAAGGGUUUUGUUUUUCUAUACUACUAUCACCACCUACUGGUGGAACUAAAUCUUUUUUUAUUACAGUUUAUGCACAUAAUAUGAUUUAGUAUUAUCCAGCAACUAUAUUUGGAUUAUUAGAGUGGCCUACAGUAAAAAAAUGUAAUAAAAAGGUUGAAAAGUU